AAACAAUCAUUUGUGGUGUUUACUUCUGCUAGGUGUGCGAGUUUCUCUUAAAUUAAUGGCUUCAUUCAUCCUCACUUUGCAGGAGGGAACCAAGAGCCCUUCAAGGACCCCAGGGGGCUCCUGGAAUCUACUGGGAGACAGUGAUUUGAGGAUUUGUUUAUUCCCUGCGAUGCCACUAGAUGUCAUACAAGCAAACACCAGCUGUAGCUGCUGAUAGUCUCCACAGCAGAGUCAGUCUUCAUCUGUUAGAUUUUACACCCAGUUUAAUAGCUAACAAGCGCCCACUGCUUCUGAAUAUUGAUCGCCCACUCUGAUAAAUUACUGCCUACAUUGAUGCCGCGGUGCUUCGAGGAAAAAACAAUCAUGUGUUGAGAUCCGUGCGUCAUUGGGACCCCGGCGGUGGCGGCGGUGGCGGUGGCCGCGGUGCGUUCUGCUUCUCCGUCGUGCCUCAGUCCGGAGCGAGAGGGUCAGCAAGUGCACACACCGAUCACCGAUCAGCGCGUUAAUUGAAUACACCAGACAACCAAUCCGUAGCGACCGGAGCGCCCAACCCGGAUGACCUCCGGAGUGACGCGUCUCUCCGGUGAGAGUGCGGAGGGAGCAGCGCCGGAGGAGAUGCGCAUAUCUGCAGGUACUCUAGCGCUGUCGUAAAACAAGAGACGGGAGCGAGUCGGCGAUCAUUAAAGCGAUGCCAGGGGUAACCAAGUACAAUUUAGUGGAUGACGCGCACGAUUUGAGGAUCCCCAUGCACAACGAGGAGGUGUUCAAACAUGGGGUCUGCUUCGAGGCAAAGUACAUUGGCAGUUUGGAGGUGGGUCGCCCCGGCAGUCGGAUGGAGAUAGUCGCUGCAAUGAGGAGAAUCAGAUAUGAAUUCAAACUGAAGAAUAUAAAGAAAAAGAAGGUCAACAUUGUGGUAUCCACCGAUUUUAUCAAAGUGAUUUUGCGCAAAAAGAAGAAGAGAAAAGGGUGGUCAUGGGAUGAGAAUACCAUCUUGGUGACACAGGAUCCCAUCUACAGGAUCUUCUAUGUCUCACAUGAUGCCCAAGACUUGAAGAUCUUCAGUUACAUAGCGAGAGAUGGACAGAGCAACAUUUUCCGCUGCAAUGUGUUCAAGUCAAAGAGGAAAUCUCAGGCCAUGAGGAUCGUGCGAACAGUGGGUCAGGCGUUCGAUGUGUGUCACCAGCUGACCCUGCAGCAGAAAAGCGAUGACCAGGAGGAUGAGGAGGGGAAGGUGGAGGAGUCGGCGGCAGUGCCAGCAAAGAGGUUUGCAUUGUCAGAGGAGACCGACCUUGAAGCCACUACAGAGGAGAGCAUUGAGUGUGUCUCUUCAUCAGACCUGGAGAAGAGCAAAAAGGAUGAGGCCCUCUGUAACGAGGGCAAGGCGUCUGAUGACCCGUCUCUCCUAUUGAGCUCCCCCAUCCUUGGAGCCUCUGUGUCGGUUCAGUCGGCAGCAAAGGCUCCCUGCUCUGAAGAGCACCAGGUCCAGCUCCUCCAGAAACAUCUGCAGCAGCAGGAACAACAGGCACUAGCAGCUUCAGCACAGGUCCAUGUGCUCCAGGAGCAGCUGUCAGUGGAGGUGUGUGCGCGGACUGAAGCCCAGGCCAGAGUACAGAGGCUGCUGCAGCAGAACACCGACCUGCUGCAACACAUUUCCCUGCUGGUCAAACAGAUCCAGGAACUGGAGCUCAAAUCUGCUGGCCAGUUAACAUCUAUGGGCUCCCAGGACAGUCUUCUGGAGAUCACUUUCCGUGCCAAGCCCCCCAGCAUGCCCCGUGAACCCCUCACCUCUUCUUCAUCUAUGGGCGCUUUAGCAGCUCAGUCCCUGCUCCAGAUUAGUGACGGUGCCUGGGUCUCCACCCUCCCCGGACCCUGCUCUCCAGGCACCAUGGGCACCAACACCAGCCCUCUGGGGCUCGGCAGCAGUGGAGUUCGGCUCGAGUGCUUUCGCUUCUCAUCCCGGGGGCCGGAUAGCCAGGAGCAGGGCCAGGACACAGGGGAGACUCCCAGCGACGGGGCCCCGGAUGAAAGCUCACUACUGGGGGAGCAGGUCCUGGGAGCCCUGGAGCUUCUCCGGUUUAGGGAGUCUGGGAUCGGAUCGGAGUACGAAUCAAACACAGAUGAGAGCGAUGACCGGGACAGCUGGGGGCAGGGGGAGGGAGCGGGGGCUGACGGUGCUCCUCGACUCUUAAACGUGCUGAAUGCAGAGAGUCUGCCGGACUGCUUAGGGGAUGAGAUGGCUGUGUAGCGGUGCUAUUGAUGCUGCACAAGGAAACAUUGCACUUAUGCGCCACCCCAGUGGGUGAGAGAGCGGUAAAAUUCAGAAUGUGAAGGACUUUAUUACACAGAGAUCAUGUAUUGUGACUUCAGUAAAAUGAAAUUAUUUGUGUCUUGUCCUGGACAGAGUGCUCACUCACUAUUGUUCUGGGUAACGUUUCGAAUCUUACCUUUAUGUUUUGAUUUGCUACUUCCUGUGCACUGAAAAAAGGACCCACUUGCUGUUGUGAGUGGUGGAACUCAUAAAAUCAAAUAAUAAAGAAAGUUGAAUUGAUAAAUUUUACAUUGAAAAACUAUCUUGAUUUGGUAAAAAAUGUGAUUAAUCAGUAUCAUUCAUCACAUGUCUAUGACUGGCAUGUUCACUGGCAGUGCAUGUUAAUGUUAGAAAUACACACACCAAAUAAUACCAAUAUUAAGUUAUAAUAAUAGAACAGUCAUUAACCAUAGAGAUGUUUUACAAAUCAAGCUUGUUUUGAUCAAAUCAAUAACAUCUUUAUCAAGUAAAUUUAAACAAGAGUCUACUGCAUGCUAUGAUUUGCCAACUAAAGUAUCAGAGAAAUUGAAUUUUUUAAUCUGAGAGCAAAUCAUCAAACAUCAGCCCAACUGCACCUCGAUAAACUGUUUUGCAAUUAAAGGUUUUGAGCCGCACACACUGGACAUUAAUUACUGUAAUUCUGAAAACUAAAACAUACCUUUUGUAUUUCUUUGUUUCUCUGCUCCAUUGCAGCUCCAAAGCCAAAAGAAAACUACUUUGACCACGUCUUAUACUCGUAGAUAUGUCUUUGACACAGUGCAGCUUUAUUCAAACCUAGGACUGUCAGAUAGUAUUAACACUUUGGUGUCUGUGUGUUACAUACUGUGUGCCUGUCAGUUUCAUGAUUGUUGUACCUUACAUUUGGUUCCCUGAGUUGGUGCCAUUGCCCGUCACUGGACUCGUUACACUGUGGUCGUGUCUGUGUUUAUGGAUUUGUGACACAUCUGGCAUGGACAUGGUCAUUUUUGCUGUUUUCUAAUGAAGAUAUAUGAAGAAAAAGACCCCUUUGCCAAGUCUGUCUGGAUAUGCUAUGAGUGUGAAAGUUAAAACCUUACUGUGCUUGUUAUGACACUUAAUCUGUAAUUACACAUGGGUUUAAAAUUUAGCAUGUAUCUCUCACAGUAUGAUUUUCUUGUAUACACUACAUUGUAUAUAGUUUGACUAACUUAUAUGCAUUGCAUAAAAUACAUAGCAUGACUUUGUUCAUACGCGUCUUCAUCAUGUUUUAUAUUAUUGAAGAACAUUUUCUGAUGAGGUGAUCCUGUGUUUCAGAGGGAAACAUCUCACUAUGUGCAGGUGCUGCUACAGAUUUGUCUGUUUUAAAGUGUAGCCACCACGUACUGUAAGUAUUAUUUGUUGAUGCCGUACUGCGACAACCAUAAACUGCUGUUUCACUGUUGCUCCACCCUUCAGAUGAACUGUUUGUGUAGUACCUGUUCAGAUAGAGGCGUAUGAGACUUCUGGACUCACUUCAUAUUCUUCUGGCCAGCUGUCGCAGCAGCUCCACCUCGCUGACUGUGAGCCAGCUCUUUGAAUCACUGAAUUGGGGACGUGUCUUUGAGCUCUUUCCAAAAUCGAUUAAUCUCUUCCUGGCCCUCCUCUCGCUCUCUCUUCCUCUUCCUUACUCACCUUCCUCCCCUCUUUUCCCCAAAGCUCGUCACCUCUCUCUUGCACUCAAUCUGUCUGCUCUAUCCUUCUAUCCAUAUUUCUCUGUCAAUCUGUCAUUGCUCUCCAAGGUUAUGUCUGUUCCCAUGAAGUGUACUAAAAAUUAAAGUGCACUUAAAUCAA